UCGACAAGUGGUAACUGCAGUCAAACGGCACAGGUCGACGAUCUUGCUGAGGCUUUGGGACGGAUAGCUGUUACCGAAAAUUCCAACCACAUCAAACCAGUGGAAGAUAUCAGCAUGCAGAGCUCACAGAAUGAAGAUGAAGAAUGGGCCAUGGCUAAGCAUGUCGCCAAGUUUCCGCCUCUGGAUCAUCCUCAUAAAAAAAGAACAACUGUGUAACUGCAAAUUGUGCAUUGAUUUGGAUCUUCAUGGUGCACUGAUGAAGACGAUCUUCCUGCGGUUUUCGGCUUUAAAGGGUGCAAAGACUCGGGAAACGAUGUUAAAGCGAGCUUGCGAAACAUAUAACGUUCUUAAUCGGAGACGGAUUGUUCUUCUGCCGUUCACUUAUACUCCGAAAAAUGCUUCCGACCUUUCGAAAAGUGCUUCCGAUCAGAUAGCGGGGCCCCUGGAAGUUCCAUUUUUCCGGAUUCGCUUCAAUCAUGUUGCGUACAGCUACCUGGCUUUUCGUCCAUCGUCCACUUUCCAAGAAGCCCUCGAUAAAUUGACAGAGAAGUUUUCAGAUUUUGCUAUUAUUUAUCCGGAUGUUGUGGCGCAAAGCGGUUAUCUUCAUGUACUGCACACAAUUUUGAAAGAAGUGCUAAAGACCGGAAGAACAAGCGCUGAAGGUGCUAAAGACCUGAAAGAUACUCUUUACUCUCUGUCUGGCUGGGAAUCAUCUCCGACGUCUAGUGAAACCAGCACGAACCAGGGAAUUAUCAAUGAUGCAUUAACCUCCGCCGUGUCCGGCUCGAUGAAAUUUACCGGACCAGCAACCCCAGAACGGAAGCCAAAGAAUGCAGCAGCACUGAUUAUGGAGAAACGGAAAGUGGAUGGAGCGGGCAAUAAGGAAUCGCGGCACCGCCGUCGCGUUGUUGCGGACGAUGAACCGGCAAUCCCCAGUGAUUUAGCCCAGCAAGCGGAAGAAGGAAAACGGAUGAUUGCGAAUCGACGGAUGACCAUGUUGCGCGAUACGGUUCACCUUGCCGAGAAAACAGAAGUUUCCAUCUCUUAUUCUUUACCGAUGGUCCCCUCUCAUUCAUUGCAGCAGGGCACAAUCCAGCACAUCUUGGAUCUGCUUGACUACCAGAUCUCUCAAAUGGUAGACUUCCCGUUGUUUCCCUAUUUUCGGAAAUGUGCUCUGCUUCGAUUAUUGUUCAGUGAAUCAUCAUGCACAGCAGAUAAUCUUGCUAAAUACUCUGCUGCCGGAAUUGGUCAAAAAACUCAAAGCCUAAGCCAUCAGCGGUCAACGUCUUAUGGGAAAAUGAGCAUCUCUUUCGAUAAUUUGGAUAGCCGUUGCACUUUGACGAAACAGGAUAUUGACGAGUGGAACCCUAUUUCGCGUUUGCCUACUGUUAUGACCGACAGUUUACCGGAAAACUGGGUCGUUUGUGCGAUUUCUCUGGUGACCAAAGAGACUUUACCGCUGUUUGGGGCCAGUCCAUCCGACGUACUAUACAUUGUCGUUACACGCUGGGAGAAAGGGCUUCCGGCUAUCACAAUGCGAAUUCCUGUGAGAUCAAAAACGAACAAAACAGUCGAAAGCCUGCAGGAGAUCCACAAGAAAGCCAACCGUAAUCAGCUUCAUCACGCGGGUGCUAGGGAUUAUUGGAAUACCCGUUUGCAGCUUAACGACGAUGUGGCCCAGGUUACGGAAAGUAUGGAAAACAAUCUUGGCUAUGCCCGCGCUUUGUUUCUAACGGCUCCGGCAGACAAAACGGUGGACGAGGCGUUGAAAGGGCGAAUGAGAAGCCUCAGAAGUCUAGCUACGAAAAACAGCAUUGAAUUCAAUGCGCCAUUUGUACGGUUGAUCGCCUUGGCCGGGUUGUACCUUUCCAAAAACGAACUUGAGAAGUUCGCUGUUGAUUUGUUUGGCUAUGACAAGGAACGAGAGUGGGAAGUGAAGACCAUUGUAAAGUUUGUGCUGAACAAGCCCGUCGUUACUGGUUCCGACAUCUGCUACGAGCGCCAUCCAGUGGUUUUAAUACCUGACAAUAAUGCCUUCAAUUUGCCGUGGGAAUCAAUGCCCAUUUUGCGGAACCACCCAGUAUCACGCAUGCCAUCUGUGGCGACAUUGAACAGUCACUUGGACAGAUAUAGGCGAGUGCUGAACACGGAUAAUGGAUUUUACAUUCUGAAUCCAACUGCCGAUCUUAUGGAAAUGCAGAAGCGUUUUGAAAAAUUUUUUGAAAAUGAAAGGUUGAACACAUGGGAAGGGGUCAGCGGAAAGGUUCCCAGUAAAGAAACCAUUGCUGCAGCACUGAGUCAGCGGGAAUUGAUUGUGUAUAUGGGCCAUGGAUCGGGCGAUGGAAUAUUUAGUUCGCAUUUGUAUUCUGCGCGUGACAUCAGCGCGAAUAUGUUUUUAAUCGGUUGUUCGAGUGUUCGUCUACAGCAUGGACCUAUGAUGGACGGCACGGCCUUCUUCAACAGAUGUCUGAUGACCGGAAGUCGAUGCAUUCUGGGAAACCUAUGGAUGGUGACUAGUGGAUGCAUCGAUAGUAUGAUGUCUAGUCUGUUGACGGACCUCCUAAGUGUUUCGGAUAAAGCAGAGGAAAAGAAAGGCGAAAAAUGGUUUCAGGCCUUGCUGGCCAUCUGUCGUGAACGAACGCGCAGCAAUUUCCUUGUUGGGGCGGCACCUGUUGUGAUUGGGCUCCCGAUGGUUUAUUAGCAAAAAGCCAUAUGAUUGAGGCAUCUUGGAUCUCUAUUUCGUGGUUGGCAUUCGUUGUUUUUGCCUGGUUUGCCAUUUGUAAUAGCCGCUCCGCUUUGCUGAUGAGAUAUUACUUUGUUGACAAAGUUCAUUUUGUCUUUACCGAGAAUUUUUUUUCAUCGUUUGACUUGUUAUUAAUUCCACCUUGAAUUGUUGACUGUUGCGGCGAUUUUUGCCUACGUAAAUGGUGGAAAGUUGUAAAAUUUAUUCGUCAACAAAUGAAACUUGUUUGCAGUGG